AUGGCCGGGAGCUUUGGCAGCGACUGGGGAUCAGGAAACUUACUGUGCUCCCUUCUCCUCUGGACAGUCAACACCGCAGUAGGAAUGGCCGCCGCCUCCUGCCGUAUGGCAGCGGAAACAGCCAGAUCCACUGCCGCUCGUCGCUCCCGUGGCGUCAUUUCUCCAUGUGAGCUUCAUUCAGCUGAGCGCUGCAAAGAUGAAUGGCUGGGGGGGUGGACGAUGGAGACCCUGGAGAAAUGGAGCAAAGACUUCAGUGCACAUCAUCAGCUGGAUAAGAAAGAGCAUUCCAAACAAAAUGGCAUGAUUGCAAAAAAUCUGCUCAACUCUCUCAAGAUUCGCAAUCGUUUGCAGCUCCAGCCUAUUUCUCAUUCAGCAUGUGCCACUGGCUCCUGCCCAGAUCUAAUGAGUAGGAACGAGCAGCCUGACCCCCGGCCGCUUGCCAUGGCCCUGACCCCCCAGCUGCCCCCCAGGACCCACCGGCGUCUGUGUCUCUCUGUGUCCUCUGACAGCAAUGGACGCUUCAAAGCUCUGGAGACACAGGAAUGGAAGAACAACCUCAAAGCUCAGAUGGAGCAGGCCCAUAGUGCCGGGGCAGCCAGCAGUACAGGUUCCCUGGAGAGGGCAUCUCUCUUUUGCGCCUCUGGCUCCACCACCACCUCAAGCUCUGGGCUCUCCAGUCCAGUGGAGCACCUCACCAAGAGCAAGUCCUCCAGUCGCUUCUCUCUCUUCUCCCCUCCAUGGAACAGCAGCUCCGAGUCCGACUCCAACCCACCUUCCCGCUCCGGAUCCAAGAAAAUACACAACUAUAGUCGCAGAGCCGUUCCUGGCAGUGCCAAGACGGGGCCCGAGACACCAGAGCCUAAGCAGAGUGUCUCUGAGCACUUCCAGUACUCCGAUCCAGUCAUUUCCAAGGUUACAGACUAUAUUUACGUGGGAAACCUAAAUGCGGCUUAUAGCGGACGUACGUUGUGCCGCAAUAACAUCGACAGCAUCAUCGACAUGAGCAGCCUGCCUGGGGAAACAUGUUUGAGACUUAUUCCUUGCACUUGCUCAAGGGGGGUAAAGCACACUUGGUCUCGUCUCAAAGUGGACAUGAGUGAUCUCCCGGACUCCGUCCAGGAAGGGCUAGCCCUCAAACAUCGCUGCUUCGAAGACAUCAACGAGUGCAUCGAUGCUUCAAUGGAGAAGAGGAAGCGUGUUUUGGUCCAUUGUCGUGACGGGUUUUCCCUUGCCCCCACUUGCAUUAUUCAGUACCUCAUGGUCAAGCAAAAUAUGAGACUAAUCGCCGCCUAUGAGUUGCUCAGAGCCAAACACCCUGUCAAUAUUCGCGAGUCCCAUCAGAACGUUCUGGUGAGUCUUGAGAAAGCCCUGAGACCAGGCGGGAAUGUGGACCCGGAAGGUUUUAAACAGGCAAUCUCCCGCAAAGUGGCCUGGACCUGAUAGAACCUCCCCGGGAAAGUUUUUGUUUUUGUUUUGUGCUUUUAUUUUGUACAUUAUUUCCUCUGUUAAUAGUGAAAGGCAGCUUUUAUUUGUGUUGUAACUGAGCUGGAUGUCAUGGUGUGAGUACUAACUGUGAACAUUUUCUGAAGUUGUUGAGUGGCCAUUUUAGAAAACAAAGCCUGAGAAUUUGGGUCAUUUGAUUUGUCUCAGGCUAAACAAAAAACAAAUAUACUUUGUGCAGCUGCUAAACAAUGGGAUGUGUCCGGGAAUAUAUCUCCUAAUUAUUGUUCUUCGUGUGGGUACAUAGCCAUGCUUUGCAGGUUUAUGUUGAGGGAGAAUUUUUUGGGAGCGCUCAGGAGUCCAAACGAUGUCAUGUAUGACUGCAAAACAUUUAUAUUGAGACUGAAACGUCACACUGGAAUACUAAUAACUAAAAAGUUCAGACAUAUUCAUAACAGAUUAAAGCAAUAGUUCACCCAGCAAUGAAAAUUCUUUAGAAUUACAUUUUUUGUGUAAACUAUUCCUUUAAGGUUUGAACAUGACUAGUCAUGGCAUCUGUUAUUACUAAGCACAAACUUUGUUGGCUUCAUUAUUCAUUGGACAAUUGGUUGAUAUUUCUCUGCGUGUAACAAGGGUCAUAUAUUUCGAAAAGAUGCACAAUAAGAGUAGUCCUCUGUGAGGAGUCAUUUCAUUAAGUGUCAUUUCCAAUGUAAUAUACAGCAUAUUUGGUUAAAUAUUCAUUUAUGUGCUUGAAAAAAUUUGAAUUUUGUGAUCGUGUAAGCAUUGAUAUUGGCCCACUUUUUACGUUUUUAGGAAGGGUUGGUAUUUAGAUUAUUUAAGCAUAGGCUAUGUUUUGUUUUUCGCCUGCUACUAGGUCUUUCGCACAGUUGCGUGUUCUAGUCCUCGCAGUAUACUCUGCUGACCAUGAGCGUGUACGCACAUGAUGCAUGCUCAGUACAAUGAUGUGCUGAUGACAAAUUGUAUGUCUUGUUCGCUGUGCUGUAGAGUAAACGGCCAACGGAAAACCAAAGCAUACUUUUCAGGUUUAAACUGAAUUGUGGAGCAAUGCUCAAAGGCAAAGGUUUGAUAUUGCACUAACUACAAGGAAAUGCGCAAGUAAAACAUUUCAUUUUGCUGACAUGUGGCUUAGUUUGAUUUAAUGUUGUGCAGUGAUAUAUCAAAUUAUUUUUGAUUACGAUAAUGUUUAUGCUUACUUAUGAUGAUUGUUGUACAUGGUUUCUAUUGUAUUUUGAUUUAGCCAUUUAGAAAAAUGUAUGAACCCUGAUAGCACACAUAUCACCGAGACAUCUAUUGGAUGCGUGUUUUCAUUUUGAUGUCAUUUUUCGAGCAGUAGCUCACCUGCAAUAUGUCAUUUAGAUGUUCAUUGUUGUAUGUUCCACCUAUUCUACACUGGAAGCAAGCAGCAUGUUGUAACGCGACAAAACUAGAUGGCUCCAGUUCUAAUCAAUGAAGCUGUCUACACUGGAUGCAAGCGACAUGUCAUAAUGUGACAACUAGAUUGCUUCCAUUAUAAUCAACAAGCCUGUCUACACUAGAAUUAAGUGCCAUGUUGCAACACAACAAAACUAUCUUGCUCCCAUUAUCAUUAAUGGAGCUACCUAAAUUGGAAGCAAGCGGCACAUCGGAACGCAGUAAAAGUAGCUAGCUUUCCAGUUAUAAUCAACAAGCUAUCUGCACUGGAAGCAAGCAGCAUGUUGUAACGGAUCAAUACUAGCUUGCUCCAUGUAUAAUCAACGGUGCUACUCUUUGGAAGCAAGUGACGCAUCAUAACGCAACAAUUAGCUAGCUCCCGUUAUAAUUAACUGAGCUAUGGAAGCAAGCAGCACGUUGUCGUGUGACAACUAGCUAGCUCCCAUAAAUCAUCAGUUGAGCUAUCUAUAUUAGAAGCAAGUGGCACAUCCUAAUGCGACAAAACUAACUAGCUCCUGUUAUAAUCAACUGAGCUAUCUACACCGAUCAGCCACAACAUUAAAAC